CUGAAGUUCUUAUUGCUGAAGUGCUAACUGCUGGCUGGCUGGUGCUUGGGCGCUGGAGCUCAGAAGUUUUGAAAUUAUUUCAAACUAUAUGAGGCACAUAAACUAACAGGUUUUGUCUCUUCGCUAUGUAGAGCGAAAAAAAUAUCUGAUAUUAGCAACAUAUAAAAAAAGAAAAAUAGUGCAAUUAUGGUUCAUAGUGGAUUUGUCGCCGUUCAUCUUGGGGCAGGCUGUCACAGCUCAAAGUCUGAAGCCUUAUACAAAAAACUGUGUAAAAUCACGUGUGAGAAGGGAACUGCUAUGUUGCAAGAAGGAAGGUCAGCUCUUGAUGCUGCAUGUGAAAUGGUUUGCAUGCUAGAAGAUUCACCUCUAACUAAUGCAGGAUUUGGCUCCAAUCUCAAUGAUAAUGGAGAUGUAGAAUGUGAUGCAGGAAUUAUGCUCUCUUCGAAAGAAGGAAAAAACACAAGAUUUGGGGGAGUUUCAUCACUUGCAAGUAUCAAAAAUCCUGUUUUAGUAGCAAAGGAAAUCAUUUUGUACCAAGAUGAGCCAAGAUUACUUGGUAGAACACCUCCACUUAUUCUAGUUGGUGAAGGGGCCUCAUGCUUUGCCAAGAAAAGGGGCUUGAAGCUUGUCCAGAACAAAACCCUGAAAUCUGAAAGAGCCAUAAAAAAAUAUAAGAAAUACAAGGAACGUUUGGAAAUAUCCAAAAAAGCUGUGUUAGCUGGGCUCAAAAUCACAAUCCAGCCCAAUCCAAGUCAAGAUACUGUAGGGGUAAUUUGCAUAGACAAAAAUGGCGACAUUGCAAGCGCCGCUAGUUCGGGUGGAAUUGCACUGAAACUUCCUGGCAGGAUAGGACAGGUGCCCGUUUAUGGCUGUGGUUGCUGGGCGCAGCACUCGAAAUCCGCUGGUAUUGCUGUGUCGACCUCAGGUUGUGGGGAACAACUCAUUCAGACAACCUUGGCAAAAACGCUUGGACAAACCAUAUUGGACCAUGGAGAUCCAGCUUUCCAUUUGAAAGAGCUCAUGUGCAACCAAUUCAUCCAUUCACAGAUGUUGUCUGACGAUUCUUACGACCGGAUGGGUGGAGUUUUAGUUGCAUAUUACAACGAGGAUUCGGUCGAUUUUAAUAUGGCUUUCACGACGGAUUCGAUGGUUGUUGGUUUCAUGAGCACCAACUACGAAAAGGCCACCGUCCGCGUAUCCAGAAAUACAUCAUCAAUUGCACCACCGACCAACGGUAAUGAUUCACUUCAGUCCACAAGAUUGACUAUGGAAGGCUUUAUUGUGAAACUAAUUAAUUAAUAAAAAUAACACAUUA